AUGUCCCAUAAUGCAUCUUCCAGAAAUCAAGGAGGCGAAACAGGACUGGGAAUAGGUUGGAAGUUACUGGCUGCAGUUGGCUUUACUGCAAUCGUUCUUCAAAUAGUAUCAAUCAUUUUAAACGGAUGGAGGGUCACGCCGGCAAUUACAUACCAAUAUUAUCAAAAAAACAUAUUGAAAUCUUGGCAGCUAAGUUCAUCGGAAUAUGGAUUGUAUAUUUACAAGUUUAAUAAUGGCGCUUCUACAAGACCAUGGUCAACAGUAGAACAAUUUGUGUGCAGUUGGAUUGAUUCAUAUGUAUCAAUAUCACAAGUUGAGCAGAGUUUGUGGGGGAGCACAUGUUCUACUGAUUGUCAAACUGCUUUAAGGACUAGGUGCACAUCUUAUGUAAAGUUUGCAAGUGGUGGUUAUCUUUGUUUGGGAGCAUUGGUUAUUUCUAUCAUAGUAGGAAUUGUAGGAGUAGUGUGGCUAUUUGUCUUUGGAAAAAGUCGGAACUUUUUAUUGUUUGCCUGGAGCACUUCUUCAAUACUUUCUAUAUCUGGAAUUGCCUAUUGGUGUUACACAACAAGCCAGGCUGUUGAAGGAAUAAUAGGCACACAGCAGUAUCCAUACCCAUCGCUUGGGUAUGGCGCAUACUUGGGAAUCCUUUCAUCUGUAUGCUUCAUUGUUUGUGCAUUUGGGGUACUUGUGGUUCAUUAUCUGGAAGCAAAAGCGGCAACAGAUGCUAGACAAGCGGAGCUAAUGAAAGAGGCGGCUGCAAAUAACGAGUGGAUGGGACAAUCAGGUAUGGGUCCUUCUGGUAUGAGUCCACCUGGUAUGAGCCCUCCUGGUAUGAGUCCACCUGGUAUGGGCCCACCUGGUAUGGGUCCCCCUAGCAUGGGUCCACCUGGUAUGGGUCCCCCUAGCAUGGGUCCACCUGGUAUGGGUCCACCUGGUAUGAGUCCACCUGGUAUGGGUCCACCUGGUAUGGGUCCACCUGGCAUGGGUCCACCUGGCAUGGGUCCACCUGGCAUUGGAAACACUGGUAUAAGGAUGCCAGGAAUGAUGCCAGGGGCUGGCCGAAUUUAA